AUGAGGUAUGUGGGUGUUUUCCAUUAAGCUCCUCUAGCUCAAGAGCAACUCAUCUCACAUUUUCCGGGAUAACACGAGUGAGAGCGCGCUCGCACCACGAAGAAUGCAGACAUUGCAAUGACGACGAGCCAAGUUUAUCACGCUACAGAUUCUUUCGACAAGCUGAAGCCCAAGAACAGGCGGCACGAAAAUAAAGAGGCUCUCAAACUCUACGACCAGCUGCAGCACGACGGUGCAAGACACAGCGUUCCGGUCAUCCUCGCGGCUCUCAAGUCAUGCAGCGUGUCGAGAGACAUCGAGACAGGGAUGAAGAUCCACGCGAACGUGGUUUCAGGCAGCAGAUUCCACACCAACAUCUACAUUCUAAACAGCCUCUUGGACCUCUACUCCAAGUGUGGCAGUAUGGUGGACGCUCAACUAGUUUUCGACCGGAUGCCAGUCCACACCAUCGUCUCCUGGAACACUAUCAUCAAAGGAUACACUCACAGCGGCAAAGGUAGCUUGGCACUUGAUCUCUUCUCCAGCAUGCAGCAACAAGGCUGUCAACCAAACUCGAGAAGUUUUGUCGCAGCGAUCGGUGCGGUAACGAGCUUGCUAGCAGCUGAAGGCAACGACGAAGCCGAGAACAAACUCAAUUGUCUCGAGAAAGGAAUGGCUCUGCAUUCCUCGGCUUGCAAGGCGGGCUACGAUCUUGACAUGUUCGUGGCAAGCAGUCUGGUGGAUCUGUACGCAAAGAGUGGGAGCAUGGAAGAUUCACGCAGGUUGUUCGACAGGAUGAAAACUCGCGACGUGGUUUCGUGGACUGCGCUCAUUUCCGGCUACGUCCAGAGCGGCCAAGCCAAGCUCGCGUUACAGCUCUUGCAUCGUAUGCAAGAAGAAGGUUGCCAGCCAAAUGCUCUAACUUACGGAGCCGCGCUCAAUGCUUGCACGAAGCUGGCUAUGGAGGACGAAGAACAGGAUGGAAAGUCGAAGCUGAUCUACCUGGAAAAGGGCAGGGAGCUUCAUUCUCGCCUGGCAAAGUGUGGAUACGAAGCCGACGCAUUCGUCGCGAGCAGCCUCAUGGACAUGUAUUCCAACUGUGGGAGCAUCAGAGAGGCCAGGCAAGUGUUCGGGAGAACCAAGAACCACGACGUGGUUGCCUGGAACACGAUCAUCAUGGGACAUGCACAGAACGGAGAUGGAGAGAUGGCUCUCGAGCUCUUCUAUCAGAUGCAACGCGAAGCUGGCCUGCCUCCAAACGCUCGGACUUUCGUUGCUGCGAUCAAUGCUUGCGCGGCUGUAGCAAGCAAAGAAAAAGAAGCCGGGGGAAAGAAAGAUUCCAGCUUGGAGAGAGGAGCUGCGAUUCACUCACAGGCGAUGGAGUCCGGGUGCUGCCGCGAUAUCUUCGUGGCCAACAGCCUCAUCGACAUGUACUCCAAGUGUGGAAGUCUGGAAGAAGCUCGCCGUGUCUUCGACGGCAUGGAGCAGCGAAACAUCGUUUCCUGGACGUCGAUGAUCAUGGGGUACGCCGAGAACAACGCAGCCACCUUUGCUCUCGAGCUCUACGAGCAAGCCGGCUCCCACCUCCAGCCAAACGCUCAGACUUUCAUGGCGGCGCUCAAGGCCUGCGGCGACUUAGCAGCGCUGGACGCUGGGAAGAGGCUCCACUCGCAGAUCCGAGAAAGAAAUCUGGACAGCAAUCCACUGCUCGCAUGCUCGCUCAUCGGGUUCUAUGGAAAGUGUGGAGACACGGCCGCCGCUCGAGAAGUUUUCCACUCUGUGGCGAGGAAGGACGCGGCCGUGUGGAGUGCUCUCAUCGCGGCUUACAGCUUCCAGGGAGACGCAGCCGGGGCCUUGAAUCUCCUCGAGAGGAUGCGGGAGGAGAAGAUCCGGCCAGAUGGUGUGACGCUCCUCUCGGUUCUCAAAGCUUGCAGCCACGCCGGGCUCGUCGACGCUGGCCUCGAGUGCUUCCGGGAGAUAUCCUCGCCGACGAUCGAGCACUACACCUGCGUGGUGGAUCUCCUGAGCCGAGCAAAUCGGCUCAAGCAGGCGGUGGCGGUGGCGGAGAGGCUGGCGGCGCAGAAGCGGAGCUUGCCGGCGGCGGUGUGGAUGACAAUCCUGGCCGCGUCCGCGAAGUGGAAAGAUGUAGACACCGGGCGACUAGCGUUUGAGAAGCUGCGAGCUAUGGAUCGAGAGGAGGCCUCCAUCUACAUCGCCAUGGCCAACGUUUACUCGAGCGAGCUGGCUUCACAUGACAGUGACGUGGCUGCUGGCGCGCCGACAGUUGGUUGACGUGGCGUCCACGUCGGGGUCUA